GCGGCAUCAUGGCUUUCUCCAGGGUGGCAUCCUGUCGGGCCCAUUUCUUUCGUUGGAAACUGAUACAUUUGAGUCCACUAACAAGGCGGCAUAUUCGCACUGGAUUUUUUCCGGAUGAUCAUGACUUCAUCAAUCCAGAGGACCCACUUCUUUCCGAACCACUGAAUGCGAGAUGGAGAAAUAUGGAUGAUCCGACUCUGCAAAACAGAGUCCUGGAGCGCAGCAAUGUUGGGAUGGGCAUGUUGGUGAUCAACCGCGCGAGCCUCGACCUUCCCUGCGUCAAUGAGCUGUACAAGCGCUUGCGCAACUUGGAGGUGAACAGCCUCAAGAGAUUCGUUGGACUGGCAGCAAUGGAGCCAGGGCCUUUUUCAAUCGGCCUGGAUCCCAAAGAACUGCUGCUGGCCGCUGUCUACGCCCAGAAGCGUGGGAAGUUGUCGCGUUUUUCCAAGGCCUUGCUGUGGAAUAGCCAGGAGCUGGCAUACCUGGUGGCGGACUACCGAAAGCCACUGGUAUGUCAUCUCGGAGGUGUUGCCCAAGAUGCUGGCGCAG